CGGCUAACGAGUUCUUUGGUGUGUUCUACCAGUACCUCGAUGCCAUGAAAGUAUGAUACUAUUGUUGAAGGAAGAUAUUAUCAUGGAGGAGAAAAUGGUUGUUAACAUCCACGUGCCUGCGUUGGAGGUAGAACACUUGUGGUUAAAUGUUCCACCCUCAGUCUCAUGCAGUUGAACAUGAUAUUCUGACCUGCUAAGCAGCUAUGCGGCCGCAAAGGCUGCCUUGGAGCUUCCAAUUUGUACGCCGUCCCAGGGCUAGUUCGUCAUCGCUGCAGAACCGCGGGUUGAGACAAACCUACUUGUUUCGUGCUGCCGUGAAGCUUUCUUCUACGAUGUGUCGUUGGGUAAAUCAGAAAAGCAGCCCUAGUCUUCCGCUGAGUUUGCCGUGCAGAUAUUUUUCUUUCGGGUACGUUGGCCCACAAACUGAACAUGACGAAAGGAUCCACCGAAACCAGUCGCAGCAAAAUGACCGCAAAAAACUAGGACGAAGAGACCCAAAGAUGAGCAAACCGGUAGACGAGGGUCGCCACGAAGUCCGUGGGAGGAGUCAAAGUGUAAUCCGCAAGCCAGAAGCUCUCUUCGAUGUGGUGAGUGAUAAUGUACGAAUAAAGCUCAUUCGGCAUCUCCUGCAGGAGGUCGCACAAGAAAAGUCCGACGCGGAGCUGGUCAAGGAGAUUGACCUGAAGCAGCGCCUGAUUAUGGUAGUAGCAAGCAACUCAGUAGGUAAAGAGUUCAUCUUUAAAUCUUUGCUAAUUUAUGGAGCACGCUGCACGUCCGGGGCAUGAGGCUCUCGGCCUCGGGAAUCAGGUAGAAAAAGGUGGAAUACUCACGUUCUCAGGUUGUGCACUUGGCCAAUGAAAUGGAGAUCGGAGUUGUUUGACGAUGAGCCAGGUCUUGAUUCACAACUCGUUGAUGAUGAUGAGAUGUUCGUUCUGACGGUAUCUAAAAUUGUGUAUGUUCUCGAUCUCUAAAGUUUAGUGGUAUGAUGACGCUGGAAUAGUUGAGCGUAGGUUGCUGACGGAGACUGACAUUGCUGCGCUUCGGACUGUAGUUCGCCGCUAUUGGGCACGGUUAAAAGGAGGCAAGAAUACAGAUGACAAUGACCUAUGCGAGGAGGAUAGCCAGAUCAAAGAACCGUUAACGAAGGACAAGCAGGAUGAGUUACUUACUAGUGAGUCUUAUCUUUCGACGACGACAGCAAGUGAAAAAGACAAGAUGACCGUCCUCAAGGGGAAAGAAGAAGGCGGUUUCAAGCAGAAGGAGACUAGUCCUGUCGACUUCGUGCGUCAACUCCCAACACAGCUUAGCGAUCAAGAGUCCUUAAUCUAUGUGCGAGAAACGUGGAGGCAGGAGCUUGAUCGUCAGGGAUUUGGGCUACUGGAUUUGCAAAUGUGUAGUACGACACAGCAACAGAGGGAGAUGUGGCUCGAUUGUGUUGCGAAAUUCACGAGGCAGCUUAUGCAAUACAAUGAGCAGAUGGCUGCGAACAAAAUAAACGAGCAGAAGCUGAGCAGCAGUGCUGACGGACGGAGAAAACGUUUACCCGCGAAAAAUCAGGGACAACAAUUAGCGGAGAUCCGCGAAAAAGACGCUUUGGCUUUCUCUCACUACGUUACGAAACCAAGAAGCCAAUGUCUGAGUCUGAAUUAGAAUCGGCUAAGUGCAAACAGAGCCUUCGCUGCUCGACAAUGCUACCGUUUUUAGAAAUUACCGAUGAUCAGUCGCAUAAUGGCAAUGAAGAGAUCUAGUUGACAAGCGUUGAAAAUACGAUCGAUGUCUAAAUAUGGAAGAGACACCUUACAAUGUACGAGAAAACUGCAAACAAACAUCAACUUUGCUCUCUCAUAUUGACUCGCGGUAACGUGCAGGUGCAAGCCCACCCCGAGUGGCCUAGUACUUUGUUGCAACUUGUAACACAGGAAAUAGAGCGGCGUUCUGAGAGACUGCAGGUCUUAUGCGAGAAGGAGCUCCUUUUAUUGCUGCUUUCGCGCGAAAUUGGACGCAGCAGUAAAGGCGCAAACGUUGACAGCUCUCAAGUCGUCCGAGAACAGCUACAAGAGCAAGGGAGGUUGGAGACAUGCGCGCUGGAAGCACGACUAGAUCCUUGCUUCAGAGCCGAGUAUUCCGAGGUUCUAAAACUGGCCGUAUCUAUUGAGAAUGCAAGGGGCGGCGGUGAGUGUUCGCGGCGUCCUGGGUUGAGGAGCGCAAGAAUUGGGAAACUCGCAAGUAGGCAAUCGCACAACCUAGAGGACGAGUGGCACCAGUGGCUUAUCGAGCGCGUGGAGGCUGCAGCAGGCGUAGAGCGGUUGGCGGCUUGCCAAGCACACCUCUACAGCAUGUUCGACCAGACCGAGGAGAUCGAAGCGCAGAGACAAGCAGUCAGAGACGUUUGUGAGGCUGCGCAGCGAUUCUUCUUGGAUAGGUUUGAGUUUGCCGUCGCACCGCAUCAGCUGGUAGCGUUGUACAAUACCGACGACGCACUAAAGAUCCACACACGAGCUGCUGAUCGCGCACGAAAAAUUGGAGAAGUACAAAAAGUACAAAAAGAUUAAUUUCUUGUAUAAUUGGCUCUUGUGUUUACAUCUGCUACUCCCUAGGCACUCUCAAAUAGGUGCCACAAUUUGGCCGGAUAGUCAUUAUGAUCUGACUUGAAGUCGACAGUAGAAGCCGUGCUUAUCACUUUCACCACUCCUGUCCAUAAUUCGAUCGCACCAGGAAAUGGCUUCUCCGCUACGGGACAACGCAUCAUCACAGCCCAAAAUACUUGCUGUUGUCUUGCGGAAAAUCGUCACUGAGGAGCUGGAAAAUUCGCCACGAGCUGACUCCUUAGUCCAGUGGUGGCUUUCAGAAGCGUCCGCUGAGGACAAACACAAGCACAAAGGUAGAUUUGACAGGGGCAAGACCACACAUUCAUACAGCACGCACCAAAAGGGUUCUUCAUUACCUAGAACAGUAACUGCCGCAUCGAAUAAGAGAAGCCUGAAAGCAUAGGAGAUUGUAAUCAAGACGCGCCUUGUAAAACUCUAGUAUGAUCAUCUUCUUCUUCACUGAGACCGCUGAAUGACCUGCAUUGGAACGUUUGCGGUCUAAUCGCGCUGGGGAUCAAUCAGUGCCGCCGGA